AUGCCGUCCAAAAGUAACCAAGACGGGUCAGUCAAGAAACGAUCCAAAUCUAAAGAAUCUCAAGGCAGUCGUUAUGAACGCAAAAUAAAAAGAGUUAAAACCAAGGCUAGAUCUGAACUCGAUCUGUUUGCUUGGGGCAAGUGGAAAUUUCAUUGUCAAGAUUACUGGAUCAAUCCCUAUGUCGACACCGUACCACGGAUUGAUGUGCGAUCGACUUCUAAAGCCAAGUUCAUUGAAGAAUACGAGGCACAGAAUCGACCCGUUGUCCUUACUCAUGUGACAGAUCAGUGGCCUGCGCAUAAACUAUGGAAUGAAAAGUAUUUUCUCGAAAAUUAUGGCUCGCACAUGUUUAAAAUCGGCGAAGACGACGAUGAUAACAACGUCUACUUGAAAAUGAAGCACUUUGUACGAUACUCUGAAACGGAUGCUCAACAUGACGAUUCGCCACUGUACAUUUUUGAUAGUGGGUUUUACAAGGAUCGACGAAAGAAGAAAAAGGAGGGACAGUCAAACACUCUUCUCGGUGACUAUCAGGUUCCGGGAUACUUUUCGGAUGACUUGUUUCGUUUGACGGGCGAACGUCGUCGGCCACCGUACCGCUGGUUGGUUAUUGGGGGCGCUCGAAGUGGCACAGGUAUCCACACGGAUCCAUUGGGCACUUCUGCAUGGAAUGCUUUACUGAAGGGACACAAGCGUUGGUGCAUGUUUCCCCCAGGCACACCAAAGAACCUGGUGGAUCCUCCUAUGAAGCCGUAUGAUCAUGAGGCAGUGGCAUGGUUUAGCACUGUGUUUCCAAAGUUCCAAGUACGCGAUGACCCGUAUGACAAUCGAACACUGGGCGAGAAAUUGGGCAUGGUGCAGGUGCUGCAGCGUCCCGGAGAAACGAUUUUUGUUCCUGGCGGCUGGGCGCAUGUUGUCAUGAAUCUAGACAUGACAUUUGCUGUAACACAGAACUUCUGCUCGCCCACAAAUGCUGAAUUCGUCUACCUCAAUACACGACACAGUCGACCCAAACUGGGGGCCAAGCUCUAUCGCAAACCAAAGAUCCCAAAGCGUACGGCGAUCUUGCCAAGCGUCUAG